AUGGCCAGUGAAGGAGAAGAAGACUACGUACCAUGGAUCCGACAAUUUUGUAAGCUGUUUGGACACGAUUACUUUGUUGCCGUAUCGCAUGAAUUUAUUGAGGAUGACUUCAACUUGACGGGACUCUCAUCACAAGUGCCUUAUUAUAAAGAAGCUCUUUAUACGCUUUUGGAUUAUCAAGUUGACACCAUUGAAGACGUUAAGAACGGAGGAGAUUCUAAUAAUAAAAAUAAUAAUAAUACCAAACCGGGGAAACCAAAGCAUGAAUUGCCCAAUCGGGUUAUCUUGGACAGUUCAGCUGAAUUGCUUUAUGGACUUAUUCAUGCUCGUUACAUUGUGACCAAGGCUGGAUUAACGGAGAUGGCCGGUAAGUUUGAGCGCAAUGAGUUUGGAAGUUGUCCGCGGUACUAUUGUGAUUCUAUGCAUUUAAUCCCCGUGGGACCUCUGGAUAUAUCUGGUCAAGAAACAGUCAGAUUGUAUUGUCCAUGUUGUAAUGAUACAUAUGUACCCCAAUCACUGAGGUUUUUAAACAUUGAUGGGGCCUUUUUUGGAACGACAUUUCCAGGGUUGUUGGUACAAAUGUUCCCUGAGAUUGAGAAUCAAUGUCGCAUACGGUUGAAUAAAUACAAGAAUGAAGAAUUUGGUUUACGAUUAUUUGGGUUCAGAAUCAACGAGAAAAGUAUGAGUGGGCCUCGGGUAAAAUGGUUAAGAGCGGUCCCGGAAACGGCUGAUGAAAUAGCUGAAUAUGAUAAAUGUGAAUUGCGAUUGCCCUGGGGUGAAGGUGAUGAUGCGGAUGAAGAGAUUGAAGAUGACGAAGAAGAUGAUGACGAUAAGACCAUGGCAAGCGAGUAA